CUUUGGUUCUCCCCGGCAUUCGCUGGCAGUGAGCGGGACGGGGACCCGGGACAAUGAGCCGCCUCCCCCUCACCUUUAAAGCCACAGGAUUUUGGCUGCCUGGGUUGAAUGCAGAAUUUCUUCAACGAGUCUAUUAAGAAUACCACACAAGAUGGACAGCAUCAGUGACAGUCUUACACAGGAAAACAUUCCAUGCCUUUCCAUCAGUGUCUACCAUCCGGAAGAUAAGGAAGAAGAUGUUUUCAGCUUUAUCACAUUCAAUGAGCCGCAGACGUAUGAAGCUUAUGAGAUAGUGACUUUCGGUAGGAAGAACACUUGCAACUUCCAACUAAAGCACGAACGAGCUUCUCGGUUGCAGUUCCAGCUUGAAGCUUUGGUUGGGGCGGACUGUUCAGAUCUUCAGUUUGAGAUUAAAAACCUGAGCAACAGAUUUGCGCUUUAUAUCAAUGGUAAUAAACUGAGCUACCUACAAAAACAGCUCCUGCCUUGCCAAUCUGUCAUCCAGUUCACUGAAUUUCAGUUUCUUCUGGAACAUGUCGGGGGUGAUUCAGUCUCUAAGUUUGAAGUUGUGAUUCAGAAGGGCACCCCUUCACCUCAUCUAAAGAUGGACGCCAGGUAUCCUCGGUCUGAAGCACAAUUUUCUAAGUGCCAGCACGAUCCACGUGAACCGAUAGAAGUUGAUGAAGAUCUCAACCAAUACAUGCUUUCAUAAUAAUGAGACAUGAUUUUUUUUUGAAGUUUACUGCAGUCAUCUUUAAUUUUGCCCAUAUUUUUAUCCCUAUUGAGUGUGACAAAGGAAAGUUGCAAAAAACCAUGAUCGAAUGGUGGAGCAGACUCAAAGGACCGAAUGGCCUAGUUCUACUCCUUUGCUCAAAUGAAACAGUUGAAUUAUGUUACUCUUUUGCAUGGUAUAGCUCAAAAAGAAAGAGCGUUACUGAAAUCAGCAAAAUGAAUACAAUUAAAGCCAAAGUUCAUAAGUUCUCAGAGCAGUAUUAGGCCAUUCGGCCCAUCAAGUCUACACCCCCAUUCAAUCACGGCAGAUCUAUCUUUCCCUUUCAACCCCAUUCUCCUGCCGUCUCCCCAUAACCCCUGACACCCUUACUAAUCUAGAAUCUGUCAAUCUGAGCCUUACAAAUUCUCAAUGACUUGACCUCUACAGUCAUCUGUGGUAGUGAAUUCCACAGAUUCCACCCUCUGACUAAAGAAAUUCCUCCUCAUCUCCUUUCUAAAGGUACGUCAUUUUAUUCUGAAGCUAUGGCCUCUGGUCCUAGACUCUCCCACAAGUGGAAACAUCCUCUCCAAAUCCACUCUAUCUAGGCCUAAAAUAGUAACAGAUUUUAUUAUACCUUUACAAAUUUAUUGUGAAUUUUUUUAAGAUGGUUUGAAGGCCUCUUGAGCAUUAAAGUCACUUUAUAUUCGCUAAGGAGGUAAACUAAGAAGAUUAAUGUGUAAAAGAUCAUUGACAUUAUAGAAUUAACCACUGAUUCAUUAUAAUUUACAUGGACUGCCUUUAAUGUCUGUCUGUUUACUGUUAUUUUAGUUCAUGCUAGUAAUUUUUUCAAUAGGUUUUCACCCACACUUGGCUGUUUGACAUUGUAAUGUUUGCAGUAUUUUUGUAUGUUUUCUUUUCAUUUCCACUAAGCUUUAUGGAAAGUUAUAUUAAACAAGGAGUACAUAGAUAUUAUCAUUACUAAA